AUGAUAGCGGACCCUCAACGUGGAAGCGGGUGGACGAGCGCAGUGCUUGGUAUCAUAGCUGAAGAACUCCAUUUAUGCGGCGAAGAAACAGCCGUUCCGGUCGUUCAAGCCUUGUUGAAAGAUACAGGCGAUGAAGUCGUUAUUAGGCGGUAUGAACGACUGACGCCUUGA